AUGAGUAAACCCUCAAUCCUCAUCAUCGGCGGCGGUGUUUUUGGCACCUCAACAGCCUACCACCUCUCCCAACGCGGCUACACCAACGUAACGGUAGUAGACCGCUUCGCAGCACCAUCCCGCGACUCAGCAGGGACAGACUUGAACAAGGUCAUCCGCGCAGACUAUCCCAAUCCGCACUAUGCUAAGCUCGGUCUUGAGACUAUGAGCGUGUGGAAAGAUCCAGAAUCGCUUUUCAAGGGUUUGUAUCGGGAGACGGGGUGGAUUAUGGGUGGUCAUGAUGAUACUAAUCAGUGGUUGGAGAAUGCGAAGGCUUUGGCAGAUAGGACUGGACGAGAAGGGGUAGAGUACUUGAGUAGGGAGGAGAUGAUGGGAAAGUGGCCUGCUUUGACGGGGGAGUUUCCGGGAUGGACUAAUUUGUACAGUCCUCAAGCUGGAUGGGUUCCCUCAGGCCAAGCUCUUCUUCGCAUGGCCAAGGCCGCAGAAGCUUUGGGCGUCAAGUGCAUCACCGGUGCAUCCGGACAAAUCAAGGCACUCGUCUACGACGAAGAUAACACCUGCAAGGGUGCUAUCGCUGCCAAUGGCGUAUACCACUCCGCCGACAAGAUCAUCGUUGCAGCCGGCGCAAGUCUCCCAGCUCUCAUCCCAGGAGCCAGAACCGAUGUCAAAGCAGAAACAUCAGUGAUCUGCGUCAUCAAGCUUGAGCCUGAUGAGAUUGAGAAGUACAAGGACAUUCCAAUCAUUGAUGAUUUCGAGCAGGGUAUCAUCUUUCCUCCCGAUGAGGACGGCCUUAUCAAGUUGUGCAGCGUAAGACUUGUGACCAACUUUGAGAACCAUGAGCACAAGGGUGCUUCAGUAUUACACUCCAUUGGAGAUUAUCCAUUCGAUGGAUGUCCACAGGAACUCGAAGUUGAAAUCCGAGAGUUUGUACGAGACAUGAUUCCCGAACUCGCAGAUCGUCCUUUCGUGCACACCAGAAUGUGCUGGGAUGGCAUGGCGACAGAUCUCAAUUUCCGCAUCUGCAACUACCCCAACACCCAAAACCUCAUCAUCGCCACAGCCGGCUCAAACCACGGCUUCAAGUUCCUCCCCAUCAUCGGAUCUUACGUAGCCGACCUCAUCGAGAACAAACUCGAUUCCGACCUACAGGAACUGUGGAAGUGGAAAUUCGGUCAGAAGCCGGAUGAUUUCCAGGAUCCUCAUCCGUACCCCCGAAGGGACUUGGCCGAGUUGACGGGCUGGAAGGGAAGGAAUGCACCAGCUGGUGGAAAGUUGCCUUGGACGUGGAGUCAAAGUCGUCUCUAG